UUGACCCGACGUCACCAUGGAGACUGGACGCGGAAACUCGGGUAAUUUAGUGACAUUAUCAAUGACUUCAUCGGCAGAUUAGUUUAACUAACUUAGCUUAACAAGACCAGACCAGCGCAACACAUGGCGGCACCAAAAGAAGACAUUUCCAGGACAGGACGGGCGGCGAGGACGUCGAAAAGAGCCGACAAAUCGUCUCCAGCGUCCAGUCCGAACUUAAUGGAAAGACUGCCAUCUGAGAUCCUGAUGAAGAUUCUGUCAUACCUAGACGCCGCCGCUCUUUUCAGCAUCAGCCACAUCAAUAAGCUCUUCUACCAGCUUGCAAAUGAUGAUGCUGUGUGGAACAAGAUAUACAUAGCAGGGUUUUUCAAGAACAAAAAGCGGGAGCCUAUUUGCACGGACGAGCUGUUGCUGAAGACGGCCGCAACAGAGGCGCGGGAUCGGGCCGCGGGCUACUGGAGGCGCCUGCACUUCACGUCUGUAGCUGCGUACGAAGUGAACAAGUGGAAAAGUCAUCUUAGACCCAUCAGCCUUCACACCGGGAUGCCCAGCCAGACGGAGCGGGUCCUCAGAAACUUGCACGUCAGCUGGGAGCUGACGGCGUCCGAUCACUCGGGCCGUCAGUGCACACGUGAACCGAGCUGGUCCCACUUCUGCGAGACCUCUGUGACUCUGUGCUGGAGCGGAGGAGGCUGCUUGGCCGACUACCAGCAGAUUUCCACCCUUCAAAUCCACGGCGUCAGGAGGAUUGCCCUCAACUGCCCCGGCCUGAAGACACCAGGAUGGAGGUCCCUCAUGGCGAAGCUAGACAUGGAGGCUCUGGCUGAAAGCCCGCAGGUCAUUGGACAGGACAGACUAGUCGAACUGAAGCUGCCACAGCCCGGCGUCAUCAUCGGAGUCUGGAGGGAUCAGCCAUCAGUUGCAUUUGUCAUGGUCACCCUUCACUUCCACAGGCUGCUGGAAAGAAGCAGCCAGGGAUCUUCUGUUCGCCCCUACGUGGAGCCGAUAAUUAAAUCCCCUUUUGAUGACAUAGACCCAGAAUAUGGUCUCCAUGGCUACCAACUACACAUUGUUCUCUACAACAGUGCGUGCACGAUCAUGUCCAGAAGCUUCCCCCAGAUCUUCUGCAGGAGAACUCAGAUCAGCGAUGGUCUAAUCCCGCUGCCUGCCAUUAGCAGCACAAUUAACUCGCAGCACACACCUCUAUCCUGCGGCAUCAGCCUUCCCUGGAGGUGUGAGGCCCUGCAGGGCGCAGUGAAGAAUUGCUGCAUCAUGAGUUUGACUCUACUGGACGAAUUCAAGACCCCUUUCUGGUGUGUCGCCUCUCCUGUUUCCAUGGAACGCGAGAAGAAUUCUGUCUCCUACGACUAUGACGGGAAGCACUUCCUGAUCCACUAUCGCGACUCAGAGGGUCAGGUGAAGAUGAACCUUGUCUGGAUGAAGGAACAGAAGCAGUUUUUUGUUAUUUCAUUAGUUGUCUCUGUGUCUGUUUGCAAAGUCAACAAACAUUUCAAUAGAAACUACUGAACCUGCAGUAUUUCUUGAGCAGGCUGUAAGGUUUUAAUUACAACUGUUAUUUUGAUUAAUGAUUCUGAUUGAUCUUUUAACCUGUCAAUUAAACAUAUGUUUGCUACGUGAUAUACUUGUAUCAUUUUAUAUCAGCAUAUAUACCUUAGCAGAAAUGAUUUACUGAUAUUUUUGAUUUGCAGAAAAUGUUGCUGUUCAAAAGAGGAUUUUUUAUUAUUUUGUAUUUAAAUGCUGUAAUGUAAAUAAUAAUAAUUUGCUUUGAAAGUCUAAUUACUUGUAACUUGGUGUUACAUUAACAUUUUUAUAGCGUUUUGAGACAGUCAAGAGGAGGUAGGGGAAAGAAAUGUCAAAUGGGACAUUUAAUAAACAAUUUACUGUUGAAUUGCCUGAUUGAAAGAUAUUGAAAGCAUCAUCAAUCUGAGACAAAACAAGCACUAUGUGCAGACGUAUGAGGUAUUUUUUAUCGGUCUUAAAUCCGUAGUCAGAAUCACACUUUUGUGCAUGUGAUUAUUUAUCACGGUGACAACUGAGUUGGCCCUCUUGACUUAUUCAAUGCAAUAAGAGUAAUCAAUUCUUUUCGCCGAACAAAUAAAGCUGUGAGUUUAGAUUA